GAGAGAAGAUAAAAAGGGUGGAAGCGACACGAGUCCCUCGUCAUUCAUUGUUUGCGCAACCCUAGUCGGUCAAAAAGAGCAGGACUUGAAUCGUGAAGAGAGACGACAGAGACGGUCUGUUCUUCUUUCUCCCUUGUGUCGAAGCCAUCGAUCAUGGAUCCCGACUCCGAGGUUGUCUUCGACUUCCCACCCUUUCUCCGCCUCUACAAGAACGGGAGCGUCCAUCGCCUCGUCGGCAACGACUACAUCCCCGCCGGCAUCGAUCCCUCCACCGGCGUCGUUUCGAAGGACGUCCUCAUCGACCCGAGCACCGUCCUCUCCGCCCGCCUCUACCUCCGCGGGCGCUCCGCCUCCACCCGCCGCCCCAUCUUAGUCUACUGCCACGGAGGCGCCUUCGUCAUCGAGUCCGCCUUCUCCCCUACCUACCACACCUUCCUCAACAACCUCGUCGCCCAGACCGACGUCGUCGCCGUCUCGAUCGAAUACCGCCGCGCCCCCGAGCACCCGCUCCCCGCCGCGUACGAUGACGCCUUCACGGUGCUGAGGUGGGUGGCCUCCCACGCAGAAGCAGGCGGCGGUAGCGGCCAAACGUGGCUGGCCGAGCGCGGCGAUUUCGGCCGAUUGUUCCUGGCGGGGGACAGCGCGGGAGGUAACAUUGCGCACAACAUUCUGGUGCGGACGCGGGCGGAGCCGCUUGAGAACGAGGUCAAGGUGGCCGGGUUGCUGCUGAUACACCCUUUUUUCUGGGGCAAAGAGGCGGUGGGAUCGGAGCCAACGGAUCCGGUCUUCCGGCAGUGGCUGGAGACGACCUGGGGGUUCGUGUGCGGAUGGAGCGCCGGGAUUGAGGAUCCUAGAGUGGACCCAUUCCGGGACGAGGCGGCACUGAGGGAAUUGCCUUGCCGACGGGUGCUGGUGAGCAUCACGGAGAUGGAUUGGUUCAGGGAGAGAGGGAAGGAGUACUAUGAGAGGCUGAGGGCGAGUGGGUGGGAGGGGGAGGCGGAGCUGGUGGAGACAGCGGAGGAGGAGCACGUCUACUUCCUGAGCAAGCCCAAAUGCGACAAGGCGUUGGCGGAGAUGGCCCGCUUCGUCGCCUUCAUUGCUCGUGAUUAGUUUGGGUUUUUUUUUUAAUUUUAUUUUUCAUUAUUUCGACUUCUUUCGCUCUAGAAUGAUGAGUAGAAUUUGGUUUGUUAAAUGGACGUUCGUCGUGGAACUUUUUCAAGACCUCGGAACAAAAAAUAAUCCGAUUGCUUUCGAUUCCGACCGAUUUUUGGUCUUCGCUAUUAGAACACGAUGCAAGAAUAAUCCGUUUGCUUUUCCAUUUCUCAGACAUCCUUUCCGGCAAUCGAUGAUCAUGGAUUCCACUUCCAGCCCUAAAAAGUCUUUUCCAGUUCACCGAGAUCACCGCGAUUAGCCAAGGCGAGACGGAGUGGAACGCCUCCAGGAUCGUGCAGGUACACUUUCCUCGACCGCCAUGUGUUCGAUGCUCGCUCCGUGUUUAGAGCGUUAAACUAAGCAUUAGUUAAAAAUUGAUGGUGGUUGACUGGUUGGUGCGUGAGAAGACUGGUGGAUUACCUAAGUGAGACGGUAUCGAAUUUUAUUAUUUUUAUUCUUUCUUGUAAUGGACCCGUGUCGGAAUGUCAAACUUAAUUUUUUUUUUUUUUAAGUUGCGGGAAUUAGUGUAGUGUUCUUAGAUUAAAUCAUCCAUAUUAAUUUGUUGGAGCUGGAACUCAAUCUUUUAUGCGUCUAGGAUUGUAAACUAAUUAAAUCAAAUUAAUUUUUAUAUUUUUGAAUUAA